AUGCAAGUUGCCUGAGUUAACAAAAUGACGACUGCGAGUUUACCAAGAGUUCCCGAAGGACUGCGGGACCUAAUGAAGGUCUAUACCAAGGAGGUGUUACGUGAAAAGCCGGCUGAUUUGUAUGGCUUUUCGGCCAGUUUUUUCAACAUGAUUGUGGGUGAAAAAUCACAUCAAUCGGUGCGAAAAUACGAACCGGUGCAAACUUACGAAACCAUCAUGAAAAACCGCAUACGUCAGCAGGUUCCACUGUCCAUGGUGUUUAAUAUAAUACCAGAAAAACUCACCGACCUAAUCAAACAGUUUAUAAAAGCAGUUUUGAGAGAAAAACCGGACAAUAUAUACAUAUUCGCACAGGAGUAUUUUCAGCGGAUGUCCAAGGAAAAGUCGGGUCGAAUUGAGUACAGCAAGUACUCGUCCUACGAAAAGUCAUUGAAGGACAAAGAGAACCUAACUCCUGCAACGAAAGUAACCUGUGAGUGCGGUCGAGUACUGAGUGCGAAUAGAAAGGAUGUGGAAAACACUGCAUCCGUAUAUACAGACAACAAAUUAGCCGAAGCCGAUCAGCGAGAAUUUUCCAGCAGAAUUACCUACGUACAAUCGGUCGUCAUCAUUCAAAGGCAUUUUCGGCGAUAUCUCAACGAGCGGAAAAUAGGUCGGGAUAAGGAUAAAUGCAAUAGCGUGGAGUAUGUGGCGGCCAUCCUCCUGAUUCAAAGGCAGGUGCGUCGCCAUUUGGCCAAGAAGCGAGUGGAAAAACUUAAAAAUUCACGUGACGCACAAAAAUCCGAUGCUAAACCCAAAGCGGCCGACUAUAUGAAAGCCGUUGUCGUCAUUCAACGACAUUAUCGCAUAUAUUUGAAAAAGAAGCAGGAGCAAAAUCGAUUGAAACACGGCCCAGUGUCCUUAGCAACAGCAGCCAUCAUAAUCCAGAGAGCCUACCGGCGAAUGGUGGCACGACAUAGGGCCAAAAGAACCACAUCCACCGGCACAGAUCAGGCCGAGGAACUCAAUGACAAUGCCUCCGAGACGGGAUCUUACACAUCCGUCUCCACCGCUCUGCUCUCAACGGAGUCCACCGAACUGGGAAUGGCGAACUUCGAGGAACGAGUCCAUCAAAAAAUAAUUCACGAGGACGAGGAAGUGGAGAACAGUAAUGUUGAUGCCGGCCUUGAGAAGGAGUAUUUUGCGGAAACCAUUAAGGGCGAACAAAAGUCGAUUAAUUUACGGAAAAGCGAAAUUCUUAGCGGCGCCCUAAUUGAAAGCAUGAUUUGCAAACCAGAUUUGCAAAACAUCAAGGAUUUGAAUAACGAAUCAAAAGAAUUCGAUGUUGAGUUAGAGGUGAACGAGCAACCGGCUAAACUUGAAGAGAUCAUUACUGAUGAGAAGAGAACUAUUCAAGAUCCUGAACCGGAAUCUAUAGUUGGUAAUAAAACAAGUCUAGAUCUGGAAACGAUACCUCAAGUCGAGGUAAAAGCUGAAAAUAAAAGUAAAGAUUAUCAGUCGGCAAGCGAAGAUCAAUUAAAAUCUAAUAAAAGCAGCUUGGAUGCAGAACAGGAAACGCAUGAGGACUGUAAAGAUAAACCACUUGCAAACGACUUAGAUCCAAAAACUGAUGAUGCAAUUAAAGCUGAAGACUCUAGCAGUGAUCUUCUUAAAGAAAGUCGCGAAGAAGACAACGCACUUCAUAGUAACAUUGACAAAAAAGAAAGUGAAGAUGUUCAAGAAAAUAUUGUGCAACCGGUUAUCCCUUCAUCCGAUGAACCGACAAACGAGGAAAAAGAUUACACCAUUAUUUCGUCCAAUGAAACAAUUCCGCCGCCUAAAAUUCAAAAUUCUGAAAGUCAAUUACAGGAAGUUCCACUUAAAAACGAAAUUACUCCCACAGUUUCAAUUGAAAUUGAGCAUGUUGAAGAUAUUUUGGAAGAUUCAUCAGCAAGUCCCCAUGAUUCUAAAGCUAACGAUCUAACUGAAGGGAUCUCUGUAGCAGAAGAGCCUAAAAGUAUCCCAAACGUAGAAGAAGAUAGCUUGAAAAGCAUCCUUAUCAAUCAUAAUCUAGAAGUUUGUGAGCAAGAAACUCCUUUUAAAACUUUAGAUGACAACAAUUUGGAAGCAUCUCCAGAAACGCAAAAUAUAGUUUUAAAUGAGAAGAUCCAGUCUUCAGAUACACAUGUAAAGAUUAGAGAAAAGAGAAGUAGUGAAGAUGAAGACAAUGUUCAAUCCAAUUCGGAUUCUCAGGAUGUGUUGAUUACCGAAAACCCAGUUGAUCAGGAAGACCAAAAACUGGAGUUGGAUGGAAAAUCGGAAAUAAUAUCUGAAGUGGAAGAUGUGCCGAAAACAACACCAAAUACAAAAGAUGAUGAAGUUUCCGGCAGCACUGAAAAAGUAGAGAUAAAUAAUGAAGAGCCAUUAGAUGACAUCGUUGAGUUACCAAAUCAUGAAUUAACGUUGGACAAAGAGCUCGAAACUGUAUCGGAAAAUAGCCAAGACCGAGUGGGGGAUUUACCAUUUGAAGAUAAAAUUGUUGAACAUAGUACUUUAAUUUUAGCAGAGGAAUCUAAGGUGCCAGAAGCAAUGAAAGAAUCAAAUUCAAUUGAUGAAUUAGAGACAACGAAAGAGGUCCUUGGAGAUAUAAUACAUUCCGAAACGGAUUUGUCCGAACAAAUAAUUAAAAAAAAUGUAGAAGAAUCGGAUAAACCUCAUUCUGAUGACUCCCCAAAAGCGCUAGAAAACUUAAAGGAUAAAAUAAAAAUGCUGUCACAAGAGAAAGUGACUCCAAUAGAAUCUGAAAGUUCAGAAACUAAGGGAUCAUCUACAGAUAAAACUAAUUCCGAAGAAACUAAUAAUGAAUCACAAAAUGUUGAUGACAGUACUGAACAAACUGAGUUGAAAAACGAAAAAGAUUUAUCUGGCUCUCACAUUUCUGUUACAUCCCCAGGACUAGAUGAUAAUGAAAAGAUAACACAUAAUAAAAGUGAUAUUCAGGACACCGCAGCUAGCAUAGAACUCUCUGUUAUUGAUGGUGAAAUAUCAAUUGGCGAGUCUGAAAGUUUAAGAGCAGAACCACAACAUUCCGAAACGAGGCAAGUUGAAAAUCAAGAAAUGGAGAACGAAGCUGCUGAAAUAGGUGAACACACCGAUGCUUAUGCUAAUGACAUAGAAUCCUAUAAAGAAACGGCUCCAAUCAAUUUGGAAACUAAGAAAGUCGAAGAUGAGAUUGAGGAAUUGAAAACUGAAUCUAAACAUUCGGAGGAGAAAACUAUUCCAACCAAACCUGAGUCUGUGCAAGCCGAAGAUGCCAAAAUUAUGAAAAAUUCGAAGGAAUCUUCAGAUGAUGCAGAAGACGAAAACAAAGCCAUUGAAAAAAUAAUAGAUAUGACAGAAAACGAAGUGUCUGCUUCACUUGAAAACCCGCCUUCAUCAGAAAAAGAAAAGCCAACUUCACUUGAUGAAAAACAUUUAUCAGAAAAAGAAAAGUCAACUUCACUUGAUGAAAACCGUUCAUCAGAAAAGGAAAAGUCAACUUCACUUGAUGAAAAACCAUCAUCAGAAACAGAAGUGUCAACUUUAUUUGAAAAGCCGCCUUCAUCAGAAAAAGAAAAUUCAACUUCACUUGAUGAAAAGCCUUUAUCAGAAAAAGAAAAGUCAACUUCACUUGAUGAAAAACCUUCAUUAGAAAAAGAAAAGUCAACAUCACUUGAUGAAAAGCCUUCAUCAGAAAAAGAAAAGUCAACUUCACUUGAUAAAAACGCAGAAGAAGAUCUUAUGCAAGAAUCCCAAAAAGUCGAUGAGGAAAUGUCCAAAGGAAAAGCUGCCAUUGCAGUUGUGGACUUACCUGCUACAAAUAAGGACGAAUCUAUUAAUAACCAGUUAGAAAAUAAACCCAGUUCACAGGAAAUGCAGGACAUACAAGCUGAAGUUAGUACCGACAAGGAAACGGGGGAACCAUUCAACUUGUCAAAUGAAAAACACAGUGAAUAUGAUAGAUCUAAUAAACCUAGCGAUACAAGAAGCAAAGAUAUCGAAAAAGAAGAUAGUAUAGAUCACACAAAACCAGUGUCUGAAGAAGUAAUUAAAAAUAUUAAGACCACUGAUGUUGAUGACUUGGUGCUCGAAGAUGAUUCUUUAGAUGAUCCAUCAAAACUUGGUAAAACCGAAACCGCAGCUACCAAAACUACAUCUCCCGAUAUCAAGGAAAAAGAUAUUGUGGAAGCAAAGGACGAAGACGACUCACCCCAAAAACCCGAAGUAAUUACUGCAGGUUUAGCGGAAGCUUCUGAAGCUCGGCUUGAUUCAGUGGAGGAUCCCCUUCUCCUAUCGCAAUCUGAUUUUGGCGGGCUCGUACAGUCUCUGGACAUCGCCUCAACUCAAGAACUGCUCAAUGAUUUUCUGCAAAACGAGAUUGAAUAUUCUUCUAGACUAGGACCGUUUCCAAGUGCGACACUUCUUGAAGAAGUUAUUGAGGAACCUUGUAUAAAAAGAACCGCUUCGCUGGUUAAUGUUUCCGAAUGUGAAUCAGAAUCGGAUAUUGCUAGUCAAAAAGUCGAGAAUACAGAUUCUUCUAUAUCUGAAACUGCGGGCCUGGACACACUAUCUGCAGAUACAAUAGACAAAGCAACUAUUAAGUUAUCCAAGCCAGAGGAAGUAAUUGAAAAAAUGUCCCAGCUUCGUGACUCGAAGUCCCACGAGAAGAUUUCCUCAGCAGAUCCCAGUUUUGAUGAGCCCGUGAUCCGGCCCAUUAGUUCUCUGCAGGAGCAAUCCAGCCUGGACAUCGAGGAUGGAGAUAUCAUCGUAUACAACCGGCUGCAGAGGGACGAAACUAGGGAGAGCUCUGCUCAAAGCGAUUCCGUGGUCUUUGGUGAUGCAGUGUCCGAAAAUAACCAAGAGAAGGAGUUGCUCAAUGAGGAGGAGUCCGGAAGGGUGCAUUUGAUGAGGCACUACACCAUCGCAGGAGAUGAUCCGCGAGGACUAUUCAGAUCUGUGACCAUCGAUGAUGCUCUCAGUUAUAUGGAAAACGGAGCUAAUGGUAUGGGUGCGAGCAGUUUCUGUUUGGACGACGAGACUUCGGAGAACAUUCGAAAGAAGAUGAUGGCCUACUCGUUGUCUGAAACGGAUUCCGAUUACUUUGAUCCGAAAAAGGUCAGUAGCGAGGAUUUUGAAAUUGACACGGCCAUGGCGGAUGCCAUGGGCACAUCCACUGAAACGGAAUCCACAAUUGUUUCGGCGGCCACGAAGAUCCAGGCCGGAGCUCGUGGUUUCCUUACCAGGCGAAGGUUGCGGCGGGCCAGUGCUGGCACCAAAUCAUCCACUUUGGACACCAAAGCAUCCUUUGGCAACGAUGCGAUCAGUGAGUCCUUAGAACGAUUCAUCGAAGAGGAGGCAGCCAAGAAGAUACAAACCGCAUACCGGAUGCACACACGAAAACGAAAGGGUCAAAGCCGGAAAAUGGAAGGCAUCAGCUUGGAGAGCAACCUGGCUGCCAGGCGCCAGAAGUUGCAGCGCGGGGAUGCACUGCGAAAUGAUUCCACUCCGGAUGAUGAAAACAGUUUGAUAGUCAGUGGGGUCAAAGCCCAAAAAAAUGCAAAAACCCAGAGAAGCAAGACCGUUGGCGAGGUUAAGUCCAGCGCUGACAUGGAAUUGAGGUGGCUGAAAAUGAGGCAGAACUCAAUGCCCGUGCAAAUCGAUUGCGAAGUUUUCAGAGUAAUCCCCAAACAUAUGCGAAAACGCAUCAAAAGCGCCGAGGCGAACAAAAGAAAAUAAAGUAUACGACGAAUUGUAUAAGUAUAAACGCUGAACUAUAUCUAAAUAAAAUAUAUGUAUUAAUCUGAAA